AUGGCGGCCACCCAACCCACUCAACGGGGACAGCCGGUCGAUGCGAAAGCAGCGGAGGCAGUCAUGGAACAACUUCUUGAGCGAGACGAUGUGCUAACAAGAGUUCAAGAACUCACACCCGAAAAGAUGAAAGCUGCUAUUCAGGAUUGGUUUGAUGGCAAGGCAGAGGGGGGACAUAUUUCGAUCAAGUCGGGGAUCAAGGCCAGGAUCGAGGUUCAGGGGAAGGAUGAGGCGGUGAUAAUCUUCAGCUCGCCGCUGAAUACAGAAUAUCAAGAACCUCAUGACACCGAGUGGCAUGACUCAUACUGUGCACGAGAUUUCCUUGUGUUUGAAUGUCGACCUCUUGGGGAGAACAAAGUAGUAGAGCGCCAUUUUUCUACGAAGCCUUUCCAGGAUUGGGUGAAUGCGAUUGCUGAAAAGAACGAAUUUAAUUCGUGGCAGCAAAACCAAAACCUCGAGUUCCGCUUUAUAAUAAGAGAUCGAAACAAGGAUGGGGAUGGGCCAAAGAUGUAUUCUUCUGGCUCUGAUGAUAAUGGCUCUGAGGGAAAUGGCUCUGGUAGUAGUGGCUCGGGGUGA